CACAAUCCCCUUCAGCCGUCCUGUAUGGUGGAUAUUAUUUUCAGCUCUUCUUUCUUGGGUGAUAUGGGGGAUCAUUCCAAAAAGAAGCCAGGAUUCGCGAUGUGUGUAGGAUGUGGAAGUCAGAUCCAUGACCAGUACAUACUGAGAGUCUCUCCCGACCUGGAGUGGCAUGCAGCCUGCCUCAAGUGCGCAGAGUGCAGCCAGUACCUGGAUGAGACGUGCACUUGCUUCGUCCGGGACGGAAAAACCUAUUGCAAAAGAGAUUAUGUAAGGCUGUUUGGAAUAAAAUGCGCAAAAUGCAACCUGGGAUUCAGCAGCAGCGAUUUGGUGAUGAGAGCUCGGGAUAACGUGUACCACAUCGAGUGUUUUCGGUGCUCGGUGUGCAGCAGGCAACUGCUGCCGGGAGACGAGUUCUCCUUGCGGGAAGAGGAGCUGCUGUGCCGGGCGGACCACAGCCUGCUGCUGGAGAGGAGCUCUGCGGGGAGCCCCAUCAGCCCCGGACACAUCCACUCCAACAGACCGCUGCACCUGGCAGCAGACCCGGUGACGGUGCGGCAGGCCCCGCAUCGGAACCACGUCCACAAGCAGUCGGAGAAGACGACGCGGGUCCGGACGGUGCUGAACGAGAAGCAGCUCCACACGUUGCGGACCUGCUACAACGCCAACCCGAGGCCGGACGCGCUGAUGAAGGAGCAGCUGGUGGAGAUGACCGGCCUGAGCCCCAGAGUGAUCCGCGUCUGGUUCCAGAACAAGCGUUGCAAAGACAAAAAAAAAUCCAUCCUCAUGAAGCAGCUCCAGCAGCAGCAGCACAGUGAUAAGACUGUAAGCAUCUUCAACCUUCAGGGCCUCACGGGGACGCCUCUGGUGGCGGGGAGUCCCAUCCGACAUGAGAGCACCGUGCAGGGGAACCCGGUGGAGGUUCAGACCUACCAGCCUCCGUGGAAAGCCCUGAGUGAAUUCGCGCUGCAGAGCGACCUGGACCAGCCGGCCUUCCAACAACUGGUGUCUUUCUCUGAAUCGGGCUCUCUCGGGAACUCCUCGGGCAGCGACGUGACUUCUUUGUCCUCUCAGUUACCGGACACCCCGAACAGUAUGGUACCGAGUCCGGUGGAGACGUGAAACUGGGCCCCCCCACCCCCCAACCCAACACACACAGACCUCCUCCUCUUCCUGCAAGGACAGUUGCAGCAUGAUCCCGGUCCCCUGCAUGAGACCAGCUCAUCACAUCGCCCAGACUACAGAGAGGAGAGCGUUUUCUUUAUUUCCUGACAUUGGAGGAGAUGGAACCAAGAAAGCACCGACUGACCCCGAGUUGUUUUUCUUUUUUUUUCCCCUCUAUUUUUUAUUUUUUUGGGAGAUUUCAAAAACAAAACAAAAAUAAAACACUUAGCAGAACAAUUGUUGCAUGACUCUAUGCGAUGGAAGAAAAAUGUACAGAAGAUCUCCAGAUGGAUAUACUACAAGAAACCUUCCUCCCCCCUCCAGAUAAACAAAUUGGAAACGUUUCCAUGACGGACGUUCUGCAGUUUCAUUGUGAUCAUAUUGUGUCUUGUUUCUUCAACAUGAGAACAUUUUUUGAUACAUUUAUUUGUCGAGUCCAGUUUGACUCUUUGUCUUAAGGUCAGAGCAUGAUAAUCUGCAAAGUAUUGGUGUUGUAAAAUACUUUAUCUUAAGGGCAGGAUACAGGUUGUUUGAGCUUCUCGAACAAAAAAAAAAAGUAAAUUAUUGUUAUAUUAUUUAUUGUUAGGAAAGCGAUUCGUUAAGGAAUUAUUAACUGCUAAAAAAUAAAAAAAAAUGAAUACGUAA